CCGCCGGCGCCGCCCGAACCCCGCACGCCGCCGCUCCUCAGACUUGCUCUGCCCGCCGCCCCGCCGCCGCCAUGGCCCAGGCUGACAUCGCGCUGAUCGGACUGGCGGUCAUGGGCCAGAACUUGAUCCUGAACAUGAAUGACCACGGCUUCGUGGUGUGCGCGUUUAACAGGACGGUCUCCAAAGUGGACGAGUUCCUGGCCAACGAGGCCAAGGGCACCAAGGUGAUCGGUGCUCAGUCCCUGAAGGAGAUGGUGUCCAGCCUGAAGCGGCCGCGUCGGAUCAUCCUACUGGUCAAGGCCGGCCAGGCCGUGGACGACUUCAUCGAGAAGCUGGUUCCGUUGCUGGACCCUGGGGACAUCAUCAUUGACGGAGGAAACUCUGAAUACAGGGACACCACGAGGCGAUGCCGAGACCUCAAGGCCAAGGGCAUCUUGUUUGUGGGCAGUGGAGUCAGCGGCGGAGAGGAAGGGGCCCGGCACGGCCCGUCACUCAUGCCCGGAGGGAACAAAGAGGCUUGGCCACACAUCAAGACCAUCUUCCAGAGCAUCGCGGCCAAGGUCGGGACCGGAGAACCCUGCUGUGACUGGGUGGGCGAGGAGGGCGCCGGGCACUUUGUGAAGAUGGUACACAAUGGGAUAGAGUAUGGGGACAUGCAGCUCAUCUGUGAGGCCUACCACCUGAUGAAGGACGUGCUGGGCAUGGGGCAUGACGAGAUGGCACAGGCCUUCGAGGAGUGGAAUAAGACAGAGCUGGACUCAUUCCUGAUUGAAAUCACAGCCAACAUCCUCAAGUUCAAAGACUCGGAUGGCAAACAGCUGCUGCCAAAGAUCCGGGACAGCGCAGGGCAGAAGGGCACUGGGAAGUGGACGGCCAUCUCGGCCCUGGAGUACGGCGUCCCUGUCACCCUCAUCGGAGAAGCCGUGUUCGCACGGUGCCUGUCAUCUCUGAAGGACGAGCGGACUCAGGCCAGCAGACUGCUGAAGGGACCCCCAAAGAUGGCGUUUGGAGGGGACAAGGGGGCCUUCCUGGAGGACAUUCGCAAGGCCCUCUAUGCUUCCAAGAUCAUCUCCUACGCCCAAGGCUUCAUGCUGCUGAGGCAGGCGGCUGCGGAGUUCGGCUGGACCCUCAACUACGGCGGCAUCGCCCUCAUGUGGAGGGGCGGCUGUAUCAUCCGCAGCGUGUUCCUGGGAAAGAUAAAAGAAGCGUUUGACCGGAACCCGGAGCUUCAGAACCUGCUGCUGGAUGACUUCUUCAAGUCGGCCGUGGAGAGCUGCCAGGCCUCCUGGCGGCGGACCGUAAGCACUGGCGUCCAGGCGGGCAUCCCCAUGCCCUGCUUCACCACCGCCCUCUCCUUCUACGAUGGCUACAGGCACGAGCUUCUGCCUGCCAACCUCAUCCAGGCUCAGCGGGAUUACUUCGGGGCUCACACCUACGAACUCUUGGCCAAGCCAGGACAGUUCAUCCACACCAACUGGACGGGCCACGGCGGCAGCGUGUCGUCCUCCUCCUACAACGCCUAGGCGGGGCCCUCCGCACCGCACACACUCCACGAGGCCCUCUCUCCUAGGUCUGCUCAGGUCUUAGCAAAGCAAGCGUCGUGAGAGACCCUCAGACAGGCAGCUCUGGGUACGGCAGCUCGGGGGAGCCGCCUGCCCCCUGCUCUUGCUUUGACUGCGUGUGUGACAGCAGCAGCUGUGGUCACCUCGGCCUGGCAGUGGCCAGCUCUAAGCACACCAAGGGGAGGGGACAUCGGGUGGCAUCAGGGUGGUGCCGACGCCCCUCUGUGCCCCACUCAAUAAAAGCUACCUUGGGUUA